CCCUCUCCGAUCUCUCUCCGUCCCCCACUGUUUGUUCUCUCUCUCUCUCCUAGAGUAGCUGAACCAAACCCGCCAAUAUGAGCUAGCGAUCCAAAACCGAGAAAGCCCUAGCCCUGCGUCUUCCCUUUGCCCUAGGGCUUGGUGAUUUCCGAUUUCGUUUAAUUUGCUGUGGGGUUUCGAUUCGAGGCAUGUUGGGGUGAGAGUAUUAGGGGGAAUCGGAGAAGAAGAAGAAGAAGAAGGAAGAGAUGUAUAGAGAGCGAGGGUCGGGUGGGUCGAAGAUGACGGAGGUGGGGGCGGUUGAUCGGAAGCGGAUCAACGACGCCUUGGACAAGCAGCUGGAGCGAUCGUCGCCGUCGACUUCUAGGGCUGCAAUCAACGGCAAGGAUGGCAGCAGUAAUAAGCCUCUUAUCAUGGGGGGUAAGGGUUUGAUAUCUGAUCAUCGUAGAGACUCUCGCUCUGCCUCUGCUUCUCUAUCCAAAACCAAUUGCUCUGAUGAGGAAUCUGAAACAGAUAGUGAAGAGUCAGAUGUUAGUGGUUCAGAUGGGGAUGACACAUCUUGGAUAUCAUGGUUUUGCAAUUUGAGAGGAAAUGAGUUUUUUUGUGAAGUUGAUGAUGAUUACAUACAAGAUGAUUUCAACCUUUGUGGGCUAAGCAGCCAAGUUCCGUAUUAUGAUUAUGCACUUGAUUUGAUCUUGGAUGUUGAGUCUUCACAUGGUGAUAUGUUUACAGAAGAACAAAAUGAAUUAAUUGAAUCAGCAGCGGAGAUGCUCUAUGGUCUGAUUCAUGUACGAUAUAUUUUGACCAGCAAGGGCAUGGCUGCCAUGCUAGACAAAUACAAAAACUAUGAUUUCGGGAGAUGUCCAAGAGUGUACUGCUGUGGACAACCCUGCCUCCCAGUUGGCCAAUCAGACAUCCCACGGUCAAGCACUGUAAAAAUAUACUGCCCCAAGUGUGAAGAUAUCUACUACCCUCGAUCGAAGUAUCAAGGUAACAUUGACGGAGCCUAUUUCGGAAGUACAUUUCCUCACCUGUUCUUGAUGACGUACGGGCACCUGAAGCCACAGAAGUCAUCACAGAGCUAUGUUCCAAGAGUGUUUGGCUUCAAGCUUCACAAGCCAUGAUGCUGAAUUUUCAAGCUUGAGCUGGGGUUCAUACAAGACUUCCUUCCCUCUGUCAGAAAUGCUCUUGAGGAUUCAGGGCAGGGUUACUCGGAUAUAAAUUUAACUUUCAUGUGUUCUCAAUCCACUAUAAAUCAAUUUGCAGCCAUUCCAAGCUUCAUUUUCCAUUUGAGCUGCCUCUUGGUGAGCUUUUAUAGAACUUAUCCGGUUGGUUUUAGUAUUAAUAAUUACUUUCUAGUGGUUUUCUGCCGACUUUUUUCUCUUCAUUUUCAUGUUAGCUCAGCUGGGAUUACUGACAUUUUGAGAAUAGCCACCCGUCAUCCCUAUCUUAUAUUUUCAGAAUGUUUUCUGUAGUCCCGUAAUAUUCUUGUCUAAUGAUUUUAGUUUGAUCUGUCAAGUCAGCUGUAGGUUGUAUGCACUUAACGUUGGAAUAUAUUGUCAUAUAUACCAUCUACAAUUCUACGUUCAGAUAUUUGUAAUG